UCUAUAUAUCUUUUCCACAGCGCUGGACAAUCACAUGUCUCGCUCUCGGGCCACCCGUCGUCUAGUUGUUCAUCCCAUUCUUUUCUGCCACGCUCCUUCAUUUUCUCGUUCACCCUCUCCCACCUCUCUUUGCUUUAAGGUUUCGUCGCCAUGCAAGCACGCCUUACGCCAGAGUAACUCUACACCUGAACGCUCUCGGGCCGUCCGUCGUCUAGUUUCUUGGAUGAAACAGAUGCAACAUUUCAUUUUAGAGUUGACUUUUUGUGAGGUGUUGCUGCGUGCGCAGGAGCGUUUUCUGGUUCUUCAGCAUUCUUUACACAUGCGCAUUUUGCUGAAUGCCGUUUUCGUUCAUGGAUGCUUUGGUUAUGGUUCUGAAGGAGAAGCCUUUGCUGCGCUGUGGGAAAAAUUGGGCACAAAAGGCAGAUCGGGUUGCUUUCACAUUUUCCCAAGGGUGGUGACAUUCACAACCAUCUUUCUGGUACUGGGCACGCCAAGGUAUGGCUUCGGUUUGGGAGGGACUACAAAUUGACACGAGGAGAACAUUUCUACACCCGACAUGAGGUGAAUCCUCACAGUAGUCGCGGUGCAGUUCUGUGGGAGACUAUUCCCGCAUGCAAACAUGCACAACUUGAACGGCAAGAACGUGGGCAGUUCAAACAACUUCAGGAGCUCUCGAAGACCGAGCAAAAAGAAUGGGUGAACAAUGUUCUUGUGCUGGAAAGAGGGAAAGGAGAAGAUUCAAGACACCACUUCUAUGACAAGUCCUUCAAGGUCCUGGGAGGCUUGACUGACAAUUUGUAUGUGAAGACAGAGAUACUGGUAUAUUGGAUGAAACAGUUGGGAAAGGAAAAUGCUGUUUACCUGGAGACUAUGACGGGGUUGAAAUUUGACAAAAAUUGUUCAGAGGUCAAACAAUCGGAUGCUUUGAGCUAUAUUGAAAAACGCUUGCGUGAAACAGAUGCGGUUGACAGCGGAGUGGUUGUGUACUUCCAGCAGCAUGUGCCCCGCACACACGAUCAUGCUCAGCAGCGUUUGCUAAAAGUGAUUUCUUUUCUGGAUUCAGGGAAUUUUCCCCGUUGGGUGGGUGGCAACAUAGUGGGUCCUGAACACGAUGAUCGCGGGUCUCUUGACUUACUUGUCACACCGAAGAUUUCCGCUCAUCUAUCAGCAUGCAAGAGCUGCCGAUGGUCAGUGCAUGCCGGGGAACUGAGAUGCAAGAACUGGAACGUUCUUGAUGCCAUUGAGAAGUUUAAUGCAAGUCGUAUCGGACAUGGUCUCAACUGGUUGGAUGAUGGCAACAUUAUGGAAGAGACGCUAAAACGCGUGCGUACGCGUGACAUUUUGAUUGAAACAAACCUUGUUUCCAACAAAGCACUUGACAUUCUGGGUGCAAAAGAACAUCCUUUGCUUCGUUUCUUGCAGCACCACAUUUCGACCUGCCUUUGCACGGACGACUCUGCCAUGUGGGGCUCUACACUGACCGACGAGUACAUGCUGGCUGCUACAUUGAUUCCAUCAGAGAAACUGUUUGAUGCUUUCUUUCAGAUGGGCUUCGACUCUCUCAAGUAUUCUUUUGCCCCCGAGGAUGAGAAGCACAUACUUCUUGAUCAGUAUCAAAAUCGCAUUAAUGAGUUUUCUCAGUCAUGCUUGGGAAACUUGAACGAAACUUCAGCGGAAGAUUGCUAUCAGACUCCGAACAGUAUUUCCAAAUUUGCUUGUGCAGAGUGGGAGGGGUUGUGCCCCAACAAGCAAAUGCAGCCGAACAUUUGGGACAUGAUCUGGUGCGCGCUUUAUGUCAGAGGACUUGGUCGUGGCUUUCUGAGGCCAGAUCGCCUUUUUGACAUGUCGUUAUUUUAUUUUUAUGUGAUGUACAGAAUUUUCGGCUGGAAUUUUAUAUGGGACAGUUUGGUGAGACAUGCUAUUUUGAUAACUUUUGUCAUUUCGAGCGUAGCAUACUUGCUUGGUGGAAGAUGAUUAUGCCCGCAGUGUGAAAGGUAGGGCAGUCACGUUAGCCACAAAGGCCAAUGAGCCGUCACAUCUAGAUGGCGCGCUCUGCUUCAUCUCCUUGAAUUCUGGAAGGCGGCUAUGAGAAAAGGCCAGAUGCUUUCCGGUUUGGAUGGUCAAUUAA